AUAAAAUAGUAAUAUGGAGCAGUACGUCUUAGAUGAAAGAGACCUCACAAUAAACCCUAUUACGGGAAAACCGGUUAUUGGAAGGGAUCUAAAAAAAUAUGCCGCUAAUUCAGAAAUAAGCAAGCUUAAUCAAAUUGAAAGAUCUGAUAAGAAGUUUUAUAAUAAGCUAAGAGAUUAUAUGAGUAGUGAAGGAAAGAGAAAGACAAAUAUGGGCUUGAGUAGACUCAUGCAUAAUAGAAGUCUUGAUUUAAGAGAUCCUAACAAGAUUCAUCAAAGAUCUCAGUCUGUCCAACGGAACCCAAUGAACACAAAAGCGCAUGACCUCUAUGGCACCUCCAACUCACUCAGGAACCAAGAUUCACCAAAUUUUCAGGACCCGAACACAAGAGAUAGGAGCUUUUACCAAAAGUUCAAAUCUCAGCACAAAAAUGCGACCAUGGGUUCAGCUUAUAACGACAUAAAGUACACAUCAAGUGACUUCAAAGCUAGAAGAAACUUUGAAACUAGAGAUAUAGAAGGUGCUUACCCCAAUAGAUUUAAGCAUAAGAGCAAAAAAUUAUUUGUGGACAGAAAGGAAGCCUUAUCCAUCUUUGGCCAGCAACCAGGCGAAUAUCAUGGCUUUGCCUCAGAUUAUGUCAAUGGAGGAACUUAUCAGGUCGAUAAUGACAGAGGAGUGCUAGUUAAAGAUCUAGCUAAAUAUGCGAAAUACAAGAUGCUUCAGAAGGAGUUCCAACCUAAAGAAUACACUGAUGAUUCUAUCCCAUCUCCAAGCAAAAAUAUAAGAAAUUCAAGUGGGAGUACUCAGUUUAGAAACUCUAACAAAAGUCACUUCCAAAAUUUCAUGAAAAUGAACAACAAAAAGCCAGAUAGAAAAGUUAUUGAGACAAUCCCUGCUAAUUCAGAACCACUUUUAAACAGCAUCGAAGUGCCAGAACAGAGAAAAUUAAUGAACAAAUCGUUUGGAAGACAGAAUUCUCAGACAAAUGCAAACUUUUCUCCAAAUUCCGACUUUAAGCCGAAAUCAGCUCUAAAGAGUCCAGAUUCUUCUUAUUAUAGCGGGAUGAAGAACAAAAAUGUCUCUUUCGAUUCAGGGUUAAAUCAAAACUACUCGAAAUCAAAGAUUAACAGUAGUUAUUUGGCUUUACGAAACAAGGGAUACCUUACCUCUGACAUCCUUGGAAGCAACAGCAUGACUGCAGAUAUGAUAAAGGUUAAUUACAACGGGGAGGCCCCGAGGAGACCAACUUUCACUAAGAUGGGAGCAACCAUCAUGCCCAAAGUGUACCGUUCUGGAAUUCCAAAAUACAUCGGAAUUUAGACCCAUUAAGCUAUCAGUUGACAACAUUCAAUAUGGAUUUUCACUG